AUGUGUUUUAACCAAGUACCUACAAUGACCACAGAAAAACAAACCACUGAGCAAAAGCCAGUCGAAACACAAACCUCUACCUCCCCUUCCGCCUCUGCCUCCACCCUAGAUUCUACCGCUACGACGACAACCAACGGCAAUGGCAGUGGUAGUGGCAGUGGUAGUAAUGGAAACAACCAGGAGGAGAUAACUUCAGAACAACUAGCCAAGAUUCAGACUGUUGCGCAAGGAAUCCUCAACCCCAAUGGUGAAAAUCCUCAAAUGAAUGAGUACAUACAAUCUACUUUGUCGUACAUUGGUAAUGCUAUCGAGAAAAUGCAGAAUACAAAUGAUAAAGAUGCCACUGCAAAAGAAAUAGCUGACGAUUUGACUUCAAAAUAUGAAAGUUGGGCUGCAUCAAAAAAGAAAGAAGAGGAUGAAAAGAAACAAGUUGCUGAAAAGGAGAAAUUGGGGAAAAGCGAUUAA